CACAGAUUUAAGUAUUUGCCGUUCACGUGUUCUCUCAGUCUUUGAGAAUCCGCUGCAGUAGGAGAUUCGGUGUUCUACGUGCGAUAUUGAAGUUCCAAUAUGGAACUGCAGGUGGCACUGUGCGUUGCUGCUGUACUCGCAGCAAUACAAUGGACAGACAGCGUCCAGGUUGACCGUGUUGUUUGUUACUAUGAUAGUCGCUCGAGAUAUAGAGAAGGUAUAGGGAAAGCGGAGGCCCCAGGGGACAUCGAACCCGCCCUCUCCACCUGCACACACCUGGUGUAUGGGUUUGCUGUUAUUGAUGGUGGAAACAACAAGUUGGUCCCUCUGGAUGAGUACCAGGAGCUCGACUCUGGGAAGGGUUACUACAGGGCCGUGACAUCACUCAAGAAGCGUUACCCGGGCCUGAACAUUCUCCUCUCUGUGGGGGGGUUGGCUGACCCUGACAAGCAAAAGUACCUCACUCUGUUGGAAAGUGAAGACAGCCGUAAAGCCUUUGUUAGUUCAGCAAGGAUUCUUCUGCGCCAGUAUGCCUUUGAUGGUCUGGACCUAGCUUGGGAAUUUCCUGCGAUUCCCAUUCAAAAGGAGCGCAGCACUCUGAGAUCUAUCUGGCACAGCAUCAGGAAGACAGUUGGUCUUGCGCAUAGCCACAAAGACGAGAAGGCGGAGGAGCACCGAGACGGGUUCACAGCUCUCAUUAAGGAUCUGAAGAACUCGUUGAGACCAGAUGGUCUCUUGCUUACGACAACCGUCCUGCCUAAUGUGGAUGCCUCGAUUUACUACGAUCUGAAGGAUAUUGUACCUAACCUGGAUUAUAUCAGUGUUUUGGCAUUUAACUAUACAACUCCAGAAAGGAAGCCUGAUGAGGCAGACUAUCCUGCGGCCCUGUACCAGGCUGGAGACAGGGAUACCAACCUCACUGUAGACGGCACAAUCCGUUGGUGGCUCGAGAAGGGAGUGCCAGCGAAUAAGAUCAUCCUCGGAAUUGGAGCUUUUGGCGUGACCUGGAAACUGACAUCAGAAAGCAAGAUCUCUGGUGUGCCCCCAAUUGGGGCUGAUGGUCCAGGUGAAGCAGGACCUCAGACCAAGACCCCUGGUCUGUUGUCAUAUCCAGAGGUGUGCAGUCUACUUCCUAACAGCAAUGUGAAAUCGCCAUCAGCCCCCCAUCAGCUGCGUCUUGUCACCGACCCUUCUCACAAACUUGGAUCAUAUGCUUACCGCCUGCCUGAUUCCAGCUCUGAUACUGGCCUGUGGGUGGCCUAUGAAGACCCUGACACUGCUGGUUACAAAGGUGCAUAUGUUAAAAACAAGGGCUUGGGGGGCAUUGCCAUAUGGGAUAUCUCACUUGACGACUUCAGAGGCAUUUGUACUGGAGAAAGGUUCUCCAUUCUUAAAGCAGCGAAGAAUCACUUGUAAGGACCAAGCCCUUGUAUAUUUGAGAUAUGCUCGAUAGAAAUCCAAUAAAUAGCCCUUACCCGAUGUCUUUUAUGUGAGUUCAUCCACAUUAAUAUAUUAAACUGAUGUCUUACAUUGCUGCUUUGUGGGAUGAAACUUACUUUAUUUAAAGAAAUUGUUCCAGCUACCAAGAAAAUUAAUUGUAUUUUUAGAUUACCAAGGUAAAAAUUGUCUUUAUUCUCAGAGGGAAGACAUGCAUCAAAUUUGUGAGCAAAAUAUCAAGAUAUUAUUACUAAGGCAAGUGACAUGUAAUUAAUCACCACUGUCCUGUAAGAGAUUAAACAAAUUGAAAGCUAAAAUCCUUCUCAUCAGCAUGUGGUUGUAUUUCCCAGACAUCCGAUUUUGUGGGGUCCAAAAGAAAUUAGAGAUGCAAGAUGUAAUGGGAUUCUCUCAUUUGCUCUCCUGAAUUUUCAUGACAAGAAUUGUAUAUCCCUUUCCAUAAAGUCCCUGCACACUUCAAUACAUUUGACAGUAACAAGAGACUGCUCCACGUGCUGAUUAUAUUUCGAUUAUCGCUGGGACUUCAUAUUCCUCAAUUUAUGAUUGUAGAUGAUUUACACGUCUCACAUAUGUUAACAACUUGUUCA